CCAACCACCAUCUUCUCCGUCGUAAUGUCGCAGCAACCACUCUACAACGGCAAACCCGGUGUGAAGAUCACUUUUGCUGGCGCGGAAAAGGCCACCGUUCUUCGCCCCAUGCCCUAUAGACGCGCUGGAGUUGACGAAAACUCGUUCAACACGCCACCCGCAAGUCUCACCACCGCUUUGCCGUGCAUUCGCGGCAAGAAGAUCCCAUACGACCGGUACAAUACAUUCUGUCAGCAGUGGCUAUCAGACAGUAUUCUCGUAUUCUAUGCAGAGGCAGCGCGCCCCGACAAGUCAGCUCCCCGCCAACGUUUCGCGCUCAAAGUAGCGUUUGACGUUGCGAAAGGCAGCAGCAGCCCGGGCGGCGCCUUCAUGGAGACCCUCCGGCGCGAGGCCCUUUUGUACCAAAAUCAGCUCGCGAAGCUGCAGGGUGUCGCUGUACCGAAACAUUACGGCGUAUGGAUCGGGCGGACGUCGUGGGACACCACCGUCGCCUGCACGAUAAUGGAGUGGGGAGGGAAGCCAUACGACGAGAAGCUCGUAGACCCGAAGCUCGGUAAACCAGAAAGGAGUGUCGAAAUUAUGGAAGCCCUCAAGGCCUUGCACGACACAGGUAUCCGCCACAACGACCUCAUAGACCUGGAAAUCCGCCACAUCCUCUACGACACCCGCCGCGAGAAGGCCUUUAUCGUUGAUUUCUCCACCGCCGAGAGGCACAAGUGCCAUCUGAAGAUGAAGAUGGAGCCCUACACUACGACGCCUCCCGAGGACGUCUUCGGCUGCGACGAGCUCUGGUACGUAGGCAUGAACGUGGACUACUUUGGUGAUGGGCCAGAUUCCGGUCCGGAUGCAGACCCUCGGGUAGUGCAAGCAACUUUAGCCGAGUACCAGGAAAGUCAGAGAGAGCGUAGACGGCGCGAUCUCGCUGCUGCAAUAGACGCCAGAAGACUGCAGGCUGCGAAAGCCGCCACUGCCCAAGGACAUUCCGCUCGCCCUGGACCUGUCGUUGCCCCUAUCCACGAAUGAUCUCAGUAUACCAACCUCGAGAAAUCAAUGUGUCAUAGUAUCUCACGGACGCUAUCAAGCUGCCCUGAUCGUGAUGACCUGCCGCUGGUGUGACUAUGUAGAUCUUGCUUUGCGC